AUGAGAGCAUUAAGCAAGCUUCGAUCCCUUGAUUCAACUUUGAGCUAUCUCCUUUCACAAUCUCACGUUUUGCAUUUUUCUGGCGCCUCUAAUUCAUCAAAGCCUUCACGCCCUCAUAGAAGAACAAAACAACUACUUUCCAACAACAAGAACUCUGACACCGAUGCCUCACGUGCACUUUUCAAUGAGAUUACCGAGAUUUUAGGCGCUGAGGCCGUGAUCCCAGACCAAUCCCCAUCUGGGUUUUUGUUUCCGGUUGAACCUCCUGAGUGCGAAGCUGGUUCUAAGGAGGAACCCACUUGCACCAAAGGUGUUUGUGGAAAUGGCGCAGAGAAUGUGUUGCUAGAUAAAGACAAGAACUUUGCCACUUUGGAAGGUGCCCAGUUGGGAAAUAUGGACGAAGAAGAUCUGAGCCGUGUAGUUGGUGAGAUUACUGAGAUUGUUCGAUCGGAAAAUGAUUCCAUUUCUCUGGAAGAGCGGUUAGAAAAUCUUAGUUAUGGCUUGAAAACUGAGGUUUUUGACAGUGUGUUGAAAAGGUGCUUCAAAGUGCCACAUUUGGCUUUAAGGGUUUUCAAUUGGCUGAAGCUCAAAAAUGGUUUUAGUCACACAACACAGACUUAUAAUACCAUGUUGUAUAUUGCUGGAGAAGCUAAGGAAUUUGGGUUGGUGAAGAAGUUGGUGGAAGAAAUGGAUGAGUAUCAUGUUCAAAAGGAUGUUAAUACGUGGACCAUCCUCAUAUCCCACUAUGGGAAGGCAAAGAAAAUCAGUGAAGCAUUGUUGGCCUUUGAAAAUAUGAAAAGAUGUGGAUGUGAACCUGAUGCAGUUUCGUAUAGAGAAAUUAUCCGUUCGCUUUGCAUUUCUGGCAAGGGUGAUAUUGCUAUGGAGUUCUACAAGGACAUGCUCCAGAAGGAUAUGGUACUUGAUAUAAGGUUGUAUAAAAUGCUCAUGAAUUGCGUGGCAAGAUCAGGAGAUGUUGCAGCUGUUAGUUUGCUUGGAAAUGACAUGUCACGGUUGUCUCUGAUGCCAGAAAAUUGUAUUCAUGGCUGUAUGCUGAAGAGUUUUUGUAUUUCUGGGAGGAUUAAAGAGGCUUUGGAAUUGAUUCGUGACCUCAAAAAUAAAGAUUUAGCUCUUGAACCUGAAUCUUUUGAAAACUUGGUGAGAGGGUUGUGUAAGGCAGGCAGGAUUACAGACGCUUCAGAGAUUGUUGAAAUUAUGAAGAGAAGGGAUAUUGUUGAUGGAAAGGUUCAUGGGAUUAUCAUAAAUGGUUAUUUGGGGAGAAAUGAUGUUCACAACGCACUCGAUGUGUUUCAAAGCAUGAAAGAAUCUGGUUAUGUGCCUGCAGUUUCCACAUAUACAGAACUGAUACAGCAUCUCUUUAAGUUGAGUAGGUAUGAAGAAGCUUGCGUGCUGUACGAUGAGAUGCUGGGAAAAGGAAUUAAGCCAGAUAUUGUGGCAAUAACAGCCAUGGUUGCAGGUAAUGUUUCACAUAACCGUGUAUCUGAAGCAUGGAAAAUUUUCAAGAGUAUGCAGUGCCAUGGAAUCAAGCCCACUUGGAAAACAUAUGCAGUAUUUAUUAAGGAGCUUUGCAAGGCUUCAAGGACAGAUGACAUUGUCAAAGUAUUGGACGAAAUGCAGGCUUCAAAGAUUGUACUUCGAGAUGAAGUAUUCCAUUGGGUUAUGAGUUAUAUGGAGAACGAGGGGGAGCUUGCUGUGAAAGAGAAAGUCCAGCAGAUGCAUACAUCAUCUAAACUUAAUCCUGAAAAUUUCAGUGUCUCUGAAAAACAAGUAUCUUUGAGAACUAUGGUGGAAGAGGAUGUAGGAGUUGACCAAUCAAAUUCAGAAAAAGUAGAUUGCUCUUUAGUACAUCCACACCUUAAGACUUACAGCGAGCAGGAUGUUCAUGAAGUUUGUAGGAUUCUUUCAUCCUCUAUGGAUUGGUCCUUAAUCCAAGAAAAGUUGGAGAAAAGCACCAUUCAGUUCACCCCAGAAUUUGUUAUGGAGAUAAUGCAAAAUUGCAGUAUGCAUGGUAACACUGUGCUAAAGUUUUUUUCAUGGGUGGGAAAGCAAACUGGCUUUAGACACACUGCAGAAUCUUACAACAUGGCAAUUAAAAUUGCAGGUUGUGGGAAAGAUUUUAAGCACAUGCGCAACCUGUUCUUCGAAAUGAGAAGAAACAGUUAUCCAGUAACAUCAGAAACAUGGACAAUCAUGAUAAUGCUAUAUGGCCGAACAGGUCUGACAGAGAUGGCCAAGAAUUGUUUCAAAGAGAUGAAAGCUGAUGGAUAUAGCCCAAGUAGGAGUACAUACAAGUAUUUGAUUGUUGCCUUUUGUGGGAGGAAAGGAAGGAAGGUUGAUGAUGCUCUCAAAAUAUAUGAUGAGAUGAUUAGUUCAGGAUAUGACCCUGACAAAGAAGUGAUUGAAACUUACCUUGGUUGUUUAUGUGAAGUUGGUAGGCUGUUAGAGGCUAGGAGAUGCAUAGAUUCUCUUCAAAAAUUUGGCUAUACAGUUCCUUUUAGCUAUGCCUUGUUUAUCAGGGCUCUUUGUAGAGCUGGGAGAGUGGAAGAAGCAUUGGCAUUAGUUGAAAAUGUUGGGGCAGAGAAAUCUAGUUUAGAUCAGCUAACUUGUGGAAGCAUUGUCUAUGGUCUAUUACGCAAGGGUAGAUUAGAAGAGGCAUUAGCCAAGGUGGAUACCAUGAAACAGGAGGGCUUAACACUUUCCAUCCAUGUUUAUACAUCAUUAAUAGUUCAUUUCUUUAAAGAGAAACAGGUAGGAAAAGCUAUUCAGAUUUUUGAGGAAAUGCAACAGUCAGGUUAUGAGCCAAACAUUGUUACAUACUCUGCACUUAUACGUGGGUACAUGAACGUGGGGAGGCAUACUGAUGCAUGGAAUAUCUUCUAUCAUAUGAAAUUGAAAGGACCCUCUCCUGAUUUUAAAACUUAUUCCAUGUUCCUUACUUGUCUAUGCAAGGUUGGGAGAUCUGAAGAAGCAAUGCAACUUAUUUCUGAAAUGUUGGAAAGUGGAAUUGUUCCCAGUACUAUUAAUUUCAGAACAGUUUUUUAUGGGCUAAACAGAGAAGGUAAACAAGAUUUAGCCCGUGUUGUACUGCAACAAAAAUCAGAACUAAAAAGAAAGCGCAAGCUCAUAACAUGA